AAAUCAUUUUCGCCUGGUCUCGCGUUUAAUACACUUAUUCUUAGUUUUCCUGCGUAUUUUCUUUACGAUUAUUUUGCUUUAGAUAUAAACCACUUCAUCGGCAAAUUCUUAGUUAAAUUUGCUAUAAAUUUUGAUCUAACGAAUUUAAAAAAGAAUUGAUUUUAAUACUGAUUUACGUGUGUGUGUAUUUAAGAGUGUAAAAAAUUUGUGCUCUAAUUUGCUAAUUUAUUGCAAGGAUUGCCACUGCAUAUUUUCUGCGCAGCAACAAGUGUGAAUUGUUUCAACAAUUUUUAAGUAUUACAGAUUUUCCUGAUAUUAUUUAACAAAACUCAACAUGGAUUCUACUACUGAGUCAAAGGAGGUGAAGCAAAAUGAAGAAUCUAAUAAUGUAGUAGAAGAAUUGAGUACCGAGGAAGUCGAAAUCGAAGAUUGCUCGGAUAGCAGCGAAAGCGUGGUUGCCGAACCAACGAAAAUUCAAAAUACGGAAGCAGAGCACAAAGUGGUUGGUAGUGAAAAGCAAGAUGAGGAGGAAGUAGUUGAGCUAGUUGGAGAAAAUAAUAGCGAAGAAGAAGAAGUGGAAGCGGGUAAUGUACCAAGUCAACCUGAAAUAGUCAUAGAAUAUGACAGAGAAAGUGCCAACACUUCGCCUGCACCGACACCAACAGCAACUGUUGUUAUUGCGCAACAGAAUGUUGCACAUAGCAAGUUAGAAGAUAACAAAGAAAAUAAAGUACUGAACGAAGGAAAAGGAGAAGAAACCGAAAACGCAGAAGAAGCGAAUAAGACCGUCUUAAGUGAAGAUAGUGUAGUAGAAAACAAACAAGUUGAAUCAAGUGAAAAUACUGAAACAACCAUUUCUCAGGAUCAAGUUGAUGCAGUGCAACCUGGACAGUCAAAAGAGGAAAAUUGGAAUAAUACUAUUAAGAAUAUCAUUUCGGACAUCGAUUCAAAUAUAGAACAGGAAAAUUGUGAUUUACUAAAGCAACAACAAAAGGAGUUGUUGCAAAAACAACAAGAACUUGUGCAACAAAUACGUCAGCAGCAAUUAAUUGCUCAAAAAUUAGCCGAUGAAAAUCGACUUCAUCAACAGCAAUUGCAACAACAGCAAUUGCAACAACAGCAAUUGCAACAACAGCAAUUGCAACAACAGCAAUUGCAACAACAGCAAUUGCAACAACAGCAAUUGCAACAACAGCAAUUGCAACAACAGCAAUUGCAACAGCAGCAAUUGCAACAACAGCAAUUGCAGCAGCAGCAAUCACAGCCCGAGUCUUCCCCACAACCGAAAACACAAAAUCUCAUAAGCACUUUUGAACAAGCAUCUACACCAACACCAUCUCAACACAAGGAAAACAUUUCAAAGUAUUCGACAGUCGAGGAAACGAAAGACGAAUUUGGUUACACAAAAAACACAGAAACAUACGAAUUUAAGGAGUCAACAAAUGCUUCAAAACAUAUCGAUUUGCAUAAAAUAUUCACACCAGCAACAGAUAACGAUGCAGUUCUUCCAAGAAAUCGCAAAUUGUACUCCUCAUCGGCGUUUUAUUCACCUGCUUUGCAUCCAACAGUGGAAGAUCAGGUUGAACUAGCGCGCAGAAUUUCGCAUUCUUUGAGCGACAUAAGCAACCAGAAAUCGAAAGGUCAAUCAAUGUAUGUGAAUCGCAAAAAGCGCUCGGUUAAAUGGGUGCACGAAGGUGCUGGCCAAGAUUCAACCAUCAAGGAGAAAAAUUAUCAGGAGGAAUUUAAAGAAAAUAAUGUCUCACUUAUUAAAACAACACAACCAACAACUCAAAACUCAGCACAUAAUCAAGUACCUCUGCGAUUUUUAAUGAACCCGCUUGGAAAAGUGCGUGACAUAACGUCCGUGAGUGACUCUUUUAAUAUUGAAACUGGUCUUUUGUCGCCCGAUAAAUGUGCGGAACUUAUCACAGCGCUACAGACACAAAAAGGCAAAGGUGCUGAGCUUUUUGCCAAACGCCGCAGGAAGUCUGAGAAAUGGGUGGUUGACGAUAAAAGUGCACGCACUGAAAGUCCAUCCGGUCUUCCAGAUUACCAACAGCAGCAGCAACAGUUUAAGCCAGCAACAUCUCCGAGUAUUUUACCUGCUUAUUCUGAUGCGGGCAAACACCGCGUACAAUUGAAUUUGCAUCAGGAGCAAGUACUAGAGAAAUAUGUUAAACCCGGUUUGAAAGUGGUAAAGACACCAUGGGAAGCAGCACUGGAAACUGGUUCAGCUAGCACAGCUUUUCUUGACGAUGACAGUCGAACACAGCAGACAUCAACACCGGCAUUAUCUCCAGCCCCGGUGGCGCAAUAUCAAUAUACGGAUCCUACCAAUAUCGACACCACGCCAUAUAAGAAUGGUCUCACUGCGGAUUACAGCAUAGCACCUUCCCAAGAACAAUCACAAUCAUAUUUCCCAACGGUUAAACCAAACUUUGGUCAUAAUCCACAACGUGAGUUGGCUUAUAAGCCUAGUUUACCGCAAGGUUGGAAAGCGCCAAGUCCUUCACUACCAAAAGACGAUGAACAGAUUGUAAGGUAUGAGUUGGAAGUUGUCAGUGAAAGUAAUAAGACCAAAUCGGAGGAUAUACUCAAUCAAUUCAUGCGUUCACCGAAGUUAAGAGUGUCACCAAUACCAACAAAAGAAUUGGUACUAUACAAGGAUGCAAUCUUGGAAUUAGAGGAUAUGAGUAUGAAACGACAAAUGCAGCAAUCGCAUAAUAAGGAGGAUAAAGAAAUAAGUAAUAACAAACCAGAGCGACUGGAAAAGUUGGAAAACAAUAGCAGUACAUUAACCGAAAAUGUGAGAGAAGAGGAUUUAAAACAACCAGCAUACGUACCUAUACAGAGUGAACAAAAGAAACAACAGUCACCGAGCCAACAGAACUUCAAGGAGCACGAGGUGGAUGAAAACGAAAACGGAAAUGAGGAAACUGAAUACGUCAAAAUUGCUGUGCGUGAUCUAAUAUUGAACUAUGAGCAACAGUUAGUUAGGGAGGAAACCAUAACUAAAUCAGUGAAACCAAACCAAGCAAAUAAUGAUGAAAUUUAUGAAAUAGCAGACUUAGAAACUCCUCUAGCUGACGAUAGUGAAUUGUUUAGUGAACAGCGAAAAAAUGUUGAUACUUGGCCCGAAUCCGCAAACUAUCAAUUACGAAACGAAAUCGAAGAGCUAUAUGUGCCAAAAGAGAUAUCGUUGGAGAGUUAUGCCCCACCACCCGUGGUAAUCAGCAAGGAACCCGAGCACUACAAGCCAUCCUGGCAGCAAGCAUCAGCAACUACCUCAAGCGCCAGCACCUUCCCGUUGGCAAGGCCGAGUCAUGGUGGUUUCAGAAGUUACGCUCCACCAAACAGCGAUAGGCCAGUACAGCAUCAAACUGUGCCUCAAAUCAAUUAUAAUCCAUCGCCAUUGUCUUACGACAAGAUCGCUAAAUUUGAGAAUGCUGAUGAGCAACAAGCGCAAAACAAUGAAUACAACGCACAAACUCGUCGUUUGCCGAUAAGGUCGAAUGUAGACAAAGUACAAAAUAUUGUGCCCGCAGCAUACCAGCGUCCAGCCAAUAUCGAGCGGCUGCCAACUACGCCAUACCAAUCGAACUUGCGGCCAACAGAUAUCAAUGUCAAUUACAAUCGGUUUCCCACACCUGUCUACAUAAAACGAAUUAAUCCCAACGAAAUUUUGCAUGGUCAAAAUUAUAAUAACACAGCACGCGGUUGGAAGUCAAGUGGUAUCUCUAGCUAUAAAUCGCCAUGCGAUAACAGUUUCAAAACUCCCAAUAUUGAAAGCUGCGGCAUUUACCAGCAAGUGCCAUUGACUGCUGCCAAUACUUUACCCUAUACAGAUUUUUAAGCAAAUAUACAUACAUAUGUACCGAAUCGAGGGAACGGCAAAAUACGAGUAAUAACAUGAAUAUACUAUAUAUAUAUAUUGCAAAUAAAUAUAACUUAGGUGAUUUGACAUUUCGACUUUUUAUAUACCAUGUUUCAUAUGUAAGUCGAAAAACUGCUAAAUAUGUACCCAAGUAUGUAUGCAUUUUUUAAUCAUUAUUACCCACACUGCUCUCGAGCAAAAUAAAUUCAAAUCUUGUUUGUCUACCUAUAUAAGCUUAUACUAUUAUAAUCGUGAUAGAAUUGAAUAUCAUUAACUCAGUGAAAACAUAUUAACACAGUUUUUUUAACCUUCCAAUGAAAUAUCCUAUACUUGAAUAAACAUUGAUUAAAACACGAA